AUGUUUACAAUGGAGAGCUUAAAAAAGUUGGAAAUUCCAAAUUCAAAAGUUAUUACUGAAAAAAGUUUCAAGCAAAUUCAUGUGUUUAAGCCGGAAAAUGUGAACGAAGACCAUGACGAAUUGAAUAGAAUAUGCAGUCGAUAUUCUGGCACAGCAAAGUCUUUGUCAUUUCUUAGAGGAGAAUUGGGAGUGAAGACGGUCGUCCAACUUUUGAAUUAUUUUCCGGAACUUGAAAAAUCUUUUAUUGAAAGUUCUGGAGAGCUUCAAGAUAAUAUUGAUGGCGACGAUUCUUUAAUCUUCAUUUACUUUGAUGGGGAAAAAAUAAGGAAUGAAGUCGACGAUAUCGUCAAUGAUGAAGAUUUGAAGCAUGUUGUAGAUGAAACUGAAGACUAUGAAGAGAAACUUAAGGAAAUUGAAAAAUUUCCCUCAAUUUUUGUUACUGAAACAAGUUCAGAAGAAGAAAGUAGAUGGACUGUUGAAGUCAAAAGCGAGGAAGAAACCAAAUCAAUUGAAAUUGAGCGUUCUGAAGGGAUCAAUCAAGAAAUAUUUUAUGAUGCGCAACAAGCUUUGCCAAAAUUUCAGGAAAUGCUUAAAAUUUUAAAAUCAAAGAAAUUCAUAUUAAUCCCCAUUGCUUUAGUGACAUUAUCAGCAUUAUUUGCUUCGAAAUUCUUUCCCAAGAAAUAA